GAAACGUGUCGCGAUUUGCGCCCGUGAGCGGACGUGCCUAAGAUGGACUACCUCAGGAUCGGCAUGUGGUCCGUGCUACUGGUGGUGGUAGUCAGCGUCCACGCAGCACCCAGCAGUCACCAUCACACGCACACCAUCAUCCACGUCCCGACCCGCGUGCACACGGUCCACCACCACCACGUCAAGAAGGUCAAGGUCCCGGUGUACGUGCACCACAAGCACAAGCACACGCACCACCACCACGAGAAGCCCAAGGUGACGAACCACUACCACGCGCACCACCACGUCGAGGAGGAGCCCGAGGAGGAGUACGAGGAGGACGCGCACUCGUGGCACUCCCGCCAGGACGGCGCGGACGACGUCGGCGUCGACGAGCACUACGACGAGCACCUCGACGAGGGCGAGGUCGACCUGGACGACCACGACGGUUACCACCACUACUAGGCGCGUGCGCUGCACCGCGUGUCGGCCGGGCGUCACGGUCGCGGCGCCACCAGAAAUCCCACCAAAGAUGUAAAGAGUCGAACGACGACGCCGUUCCGCAGUCCAUGUUCGCGCCAAGCUCGUCGGAUCCAGGAUGACCGCGAGCUGCCACCACCCACAGCAGCGUCUAUAUUAGAUGCUUUUCAAUUUGUUGUAUAUUUUUUAAGAUUUUAUUUGUUAAAAAAAAGAAAAGACGUAAAUUUUGACAUUUACAUCAAUCACAAGUUUUUGAACAGUCAGUCAGUAUGAAUGUGUCUCGUGUGCCUGAAGUGCGUAUGUAAAUAUUUCUUUAUUUUUUCAUAAAAGUGAGUGCGUUUGAUUGUUGUCUGUUAUAUGAA